AUGGGCAUGCUGGCUAAGCAGACACUAGGCGCCGUGUGUGGGGAGCGAAUGGGCAUGGCAAAGACAGAGGGCAGUGUGAAUGAAACCGGCCCCCGGCCCCAUCACCCCUUGGCUCUGUGGCGCGCCAUCGAGCCAGAGCCGCGGACAGGACGACGGGGUGAUUUCUGCCCUCGCUCGCAAUCCACUCUGCUCAGUUGGCCAUCGCCGCCGCGCACCACGGCCGCCGAGCGCUUCCCACGACUGCAUGCUGGCCGGCUCGGGCUCGUUGCCGGCAUGAGCAACAUCAAGACACGGCUGCAAAAGGCGCGGUCCAAGUUCUCGCGCCGCAACAGCGAGGCGUCGACGAGAGCACGCUCGAUAGCAUCGUCGGCGGGCAGCGACCGCCAUGGCCACGCGCCGCCGCCGCCGCUGAGCAGCCCGCUGCGCAAGAGCGUGUCGCUGCCCAGGCUGGCGGAGCCGGCGGCGUCUGGCAAGGCGUUGGGGUUGGGGGCGCAUGGCGACGACGACGACGACGAGCAGUUGCUGGUGGUGGGCAGAGCGGCGACCGAGAGUCAGGCCGACGCAGAAGCAAGCACCGGCAGCCUCAACACGUCGAGAGACGGGCGGUCGAGCUGCACGCAGGCCAGCACUGCGCCCAGCAGCUCCCACGACGCCCGCAAGCCCUCCGCCGACGUGCCCAUUGUCUGCCCCCAGGUCACGCUCGACGCUCCUACGCCCGUCCAUCCCGGAGCGCCGCCUGCCGAGCUCGACCGCCCUGCCCUGCCCGACUCGCUUUCUUCAACGCCCUCGUCUGUCCCCGCAACCACGACGACGACGGCCACGACGACGGCCACAACCACCUCGCUGCCCCCAUCGCCCGCCCGAGUCCACCGCCACGCUGCCAUCACCACCGCCCACGCCGCCGAUGCCCGUCUAGCCACCAACCUGCCCGGCCCCGACGACUCCCAGGCCGCCACGCCCUCAGGCCCGCCCCCCUCGACCGCCCGCUCCGCCGCCAUGCUGCACCGCAAGAUCUGGGUCAAGCGGCCUAAUGCCUCGGCCACGCUCGUCCAGAUCAGAGAGGACGACCUGGUCGACGAUGUCCGCGAUAUGAUCCUCAAAAAGUAUGCAAACUCGCUGGGCAGGAGCUUCGACGCGCCAGACGUCACCCUGCGCAUUGUGCCCCGCGAUAGCCAGCGCGCAGGCGAACGCACCCUCGGGCCCGAGGAGGACAUGUGCCGCACCAUCGACGCCUACUUCCCCGGCGGCCAGACGGUCCACGAGGCCCUCAUCAUCGACGUGCCCUCGCGACGCACCCCCAAGCCAUCGCCCCGCGUGCCUCCCUACUACCACCAUGAAGACGGCAUCCACCCCCAGACCGAGUACUUCCCCCCCAUGUCGGCCAUGACCCCCUCGCCAGCCACUAUGAGCACCAGCCUACAGCACCCUCACGACAACCGUAUCCCCGUGCCCCAACUCCACUCCAUAUCCGUCCUCAACACCGGACAGCUACCCAACCUGCCAUCUCCCGGCAGCACACGGCGCGGGCCCAUGCAUCCACAUCGUCCCAAGUACAACAGAACGCAUACCGCCUCUCCCACCACCCUGGGCGGCGGCAUUCCCUCCUCUGCCACCUCUGUCCGUCCCGCAAACCGCCCGCGCCACGACUCGUCAGCGUCCGAAGCAAAGAACUCGGCCGCCUCGAACAACCCAAUACCCACACCCCCUAUCCCCGCAGACCCAACACCUCACCAGCAAACGCUUCAGACAUCAACUCCACCCACCCCACGCAUCUCCUCGCCGCAGCUCAACACCAAGAAGAAGCGGAGAAAGGCCCCGGUAGAACCACCAGCCCUGCCUGCUGGCCUGUUGGACGGAUCAGUGCCCCCUAUCAACGUCUUGAUUGUCGAAGACAACAUCAUCAACUUGCGUGUCUUGGGUGCUUUCAUGCAACGGUUAAAGGUUCGUUGGCAACGCGCAAUGAACGGAAAAGAGGCAGUCACUAAAUGGAAAGCCGGUGGAUUUCACUUGGUGCUCAUGGACAUCCAAUUGCCCGUCAUGAACGGUCUCGAAGCAACAAAAGAGAUCAGGCGGCUGGAGCGUGUCAACGGUAUUGGUGUCUUCAGCAGUGGCAGCAGCGAAGCACCCAACACUCGGCUGGGGAGCGAUAGCAAAAGCCAAGACGAGCUAAGAGAGGACGACAAGCUGGGCGACAAGGGAAUGUUCAAGAGUCCAGUCAUUAUUGUCGCACUCACGGCCAGUUCCCUGCAAAGUGACAGGCACGAAGCUUUGGCUGCUGGCUGCAAUGAUUUUCUGACAAAGCCUGUAAACUUUGUCUGGCUUGAACGAAAAGUCAAGGAAUGGGGCUGCAUGCAGGCUUUGAUUGACUUUGACGGUUGGCGCAAGUGGAAAGACUUUGCCGACAAGUCGGAGAACAACGAUACCACUUCAAAGCUCUCCGGCAGUUUUACAAGCGUCGCCCCAAACAAAAAGGCUGCUAACACCAGCCCUACCACGGCUACUUCAGAAACCAACGGUGUCAAGAAAGACGCUGAGACGGAGAGGAAAAACAAGCGAAAGAGCCUGGGGGUAGUGCCGCAACCUGUGUUGAGAGAAGAGGCUGAGCCACAGCCAGCUGAAGUCGACAGUGGAGACAACUAAGCCCCACUAUCAACUCACAAGAUACUACCAAAGCUCCUUACCUGGCUCUCCCUGCGAUCCGACAUGUCCUAUUACCACAACUACUACCACCUUCAACCUCCCACACACACACACACUUACCAAUUACCAUUUUCAUUUGGCUGUAAAUUGUCUUGAUUAUUUUUCCUUGCCUUGUACGAGAACGACUAGCUCCAUUUCCUUGCGUCAGCAUUUCCAUCUCAUCAUACAUGCACCUGCCCGUCUGCCGGUCUUUUGGGCAAGCUUCUUCUGCACACCUAUUUCCAUGUAAUCUGAUUCUAUAGUCUAGGGAAGGGAAGACUGGGUUCUAUUGUACACGUACACGAUUUGAACGCUCAAUUUGCGACGAGUGUUUAUUUGUUUUAUAGCGUUGAAAGAUGCCGAGGGGUACGUGGUGUCCGCUCGCUCUUAAUGUUAAUUUUUUGGAUUUCCCACACCU